AGCAGGGUCGACUUUUCCUUAAAGCUUGUGAAUCUUGCAUUUCACUCACCCUUACACAAAACAAAACAGGUGAAAUUUGCAGAGAGCUUUGACUGGGGUUCCAAUGGCGGAAACCACUAAAGCCAAAAGUAUGCCAGAAGCUGAGAAGAAAAAAGACCAAAGCCUCCCGUUCUACCAACUCUUCUCUUUUGCGGACAAGUACGACUGUUGUUUGAUGAUUGCGGGAAGCUUGGGAGCCGUAGUUCAUGGCUCUGCCAUGCCGGUUUUCUUCCUCUUAUUUGGAGAUUUGGUGAAUGGAUUUGGUAAAAAUCAGUCCAAUUUCAAGGAAAUGACUGCAGAAGUCUCCAAGUAUGCGCUCUACUUCGUCUACCUUGGACUCAUUGUGUGCUUGUCGUCCUACGCUGAGAUUGCUUGUUGGAUGUAUACGGGAGAGAGACAAGUGAGUACACUGAGGAAGAAGUAUUUGGAAGCAGUGUUGAAGCAGGACGUUGGGUUUUUUGAUACAGACGCAAGAACAGGUGAUAUUGUUUUCAGCGUCUCCACUGAUACCCUUCUCGUCCAAGAUGCCAUUAGUGAGAAGGUGGGCAACUUCAUACACUAUCUUUCAACCUUUCUUGCCGGGUUAGUGGUGGGUUUCAUAUCGGCGUGGAGGCUGGCACUGUUGAGUGUGGCCGUGAUUCCAGGGAUUGCUUUUGCUGGUGGUUUGUACGCAUACACUCUCACAGGCCUUACUUCCAAGAGUCGAGAAUCUUACGCCAACGCAGGCAUCGUCGCCGAGCAGGCAAUUGCACAAGUUCGGACAGUAUACUCGUAUGUGGGAGAGAGCAAGGCGCUCAACUCCUAUUCAGAUGCGAUACAGAACACGCUAAAGCUCGGAUACAAAGCUGGGAUGGCCAAGGGCCUUGGAAUUGGAUGCACCUAUGGUAUUGCAUGCAUGUCGUGGGCACUUGUGUUUUGGUAUGCCGGAGUUUUCAUUAGGAAUGGACAGACUGAUGGUGGGAAGGCUUUCACUGCAAUUUUCUCUGCAAUUGUUGGUGGCAUGAGUUUGGGUCAGUCGUUUUCAAAUCUUGGUGCAUUUAGCAAAGGGAAAUCAGCUGGAUACAAGCUUAUGGAGAUUAUCCAGCAAAAACCCUCCAUAAUUAAUGACCCUUCUGAUGGGAAGUGUUUGACGGAGGUUAAUGGGAAUAUAGAAUUCAAAGAUGUCACAUUUAGUUACCCAUCACGGCCAGAUGUCAUCAUCUUCCGGGAUUUCUCAAUUUUCUUCCCUGCGGGGAAAACAGUAGCUGUGGUUGGAGGUAGUGGAUCGGGAAAGAGCACUGUAGUUUCACUUAUAGAAAGGUUCUACGAUCCUAAUCAGGGGCAGGUGUUGUUGGACAAUGUAGAUAUAAGAACCUUGAAGUUGAAGUGGCUAAGGGAUCAGAUUGGUUUGGUGAACCAAGAACCUGCUUUGUUUGCAACUACCAUACUUGAAAACAUACUUUAUGGAAAGCCUGAAGCAACCAUGGUGGAAGUGGAAGCUGCUGCUUCUGCUGCAAAUGCUCAUAGCUUCAUUACUUUGCUUCCAAAUGGUUACAAUACACAAGUAGGGGAGCGAGGAGUUCAACUCUCUGGUGGCCAGAAACAGAGAAUUGCCAUUGCCAGAGCAAUGUUGAAGAAUCCAAAGGUGCUCCUACUUGAUGAAGCUACUAGUGCCCUUGAUGUAGGUUCUGAGACCAUUGUUCAGGAAGCUCUGGACCGCCUCAUGGUUGGUAGAACGACUGUUGUUGUUGCCCAUCGCCUCUCCACAAUAAGAAAUGUUGACACAAUUGCUGUUAUUCAACAAGGUCAAGUCGUUGAGAGUGGGGCGCAUGAUGAACUAAUUGCCAAGUCAGGAGCUUAUGCCUCCUUAAUCCGAUUCCAGGAGAUGGCAAGAAACAGAGACUUUGGUGCAACUUCAACCCACCGUUCAAGGUCAUCACGUUUGAGCCAUUCACUUUCUACAAAAUCUCUGAGCCUCAGGUCUGGUAGUUUAAGGAACUUGAGCUAUCAGUACAGUACAGGGGCUGAUGGUCGGAUUGAGAUGAUAUCGAAUGCUGACACUGACCGGAAGAACCCAGCACCUGAUGGCUACUUCUUCCGACUUCUGAAGUUGAAUGCACCUGAAUGGCCAUAUGCAAUAAUGGGGGCUGUUGGAUCAGUGCUGUCUGGAUUUAUUGGCCCGACCUUUGCAAUUGUGAUGAGUAACAUGAUCGAGGUGUUCUACUACAGAGAUCCUAAUGCCAUGGAGAAGAAAACAAAGGAGUUUGUGUUCAUAUACAUCGGGACAGGUCUAUAUGCUGUUGUGGCAUAUUUGACGCAGCACUAUUUCUUCAGCAUUAUGGGGGAGAACCUAACGACUAGAGUGAGGCGGAUGAUGCUUGCAGCAAUCCUAAGGAAUGAAGUAGGAUGGUUCGAUGAGGAGGAGAACAACUCAAGCCUCGUUGCAGCUCGCUUAGCUACUGAUGCAGCAGAUGUGAAAUCCGCCAUUGCUGAGAGAAUCUCUGUUAUAUUGCAAAACAUGACAUCGCUGCUGACGUCAUUCAUCGUUGCUUUCAUAAUCGAAUGGAGGGUUUCGCUCCUUAUCCUUGCAACAUUCCCUCUUCUAGUCCUAGCCAACUUCGCCCAGCAACUUUCUUUGAAAGGUUUUGCUGGAGACACAGCCAAGGCGCAUGCCAAGACUAGCAUGAUUGCAGGAGAAGGUGUGAGCAACAUCCGCACUGUGGCAGCCUUUAAUGCCCAGGACAAGAUUCUGUCCCUCUUCAGCCAUGAGCUAAGAAUCCCACAGAUGGGAAGCCUCCGUCGCUGCCAGUCUGCUGGCCUUCUAUUUGGACUUUCCCAGCUUGCUCUUUAUGCCUCGGAGGCUCUCAUACUCUGGUAUGGUGCACAUCUUGUCAGUAAAGGCACCUCUACCUUCUCCAAGGUCAUCAAGGUCUUUGUUGUCCUUGUCAUCACCGCCAAUUCAGUAGCAGAGACUGUUAGCCUUGCCCCUGAGAUAAUAAGGGGAGGGGAGGCUGUUAGGUCUGUCUUCUCCAUACUUGAUCGUUCUACCAAGAUUGAUCCGAAUGAACUAGAGGAUGAGCCGGUCGAAUCGAUCCGUGGGGAAAUUGAGCUGCGCCACAUCGACUUUGCUUACCCAGCUAGACCAGAGCUUAUGGUGUUUAAAGACCUCAACCUCAGGAUCCGAGCUGGGCAGAGCCAAGCUCUUGUUGGUGCAAGUGGGUCCGGAAAGAGCUCCAUAAUUGCAUUAAUCGAGCGUUUCUAUGAUCCAUUGGUUGGGAAGGUUCUAAUUGAUGGAAAGGACAUUCGGCGUCUCAACUUGAAGUCCCUUAGGCUUAAGAUUGGGUUGGUUCAACAAGAACCCGUUCUGUUUGCAGCCAGCAUUUUUGAGAACAUUGCGUAUGGGAAGGAUGGGGCCAAUGAGGCUGAAGUGAUUGAGGCAGCCCGGGCCGCCAAUGUGCAUGGGUUCGUGAGUGGAUUACCAGAUGGGUAUAAAACACCAGUGGGGGAGAGAGGAGUGCAACUCUCAGGUGGGCAGAAGCAGAGAAUUGCGAUUGCUAGGGCUGUGCUUAAGGACCCAGCAGUGUUACUAUUGGAUGAGGCUACAAGCGCGCUAGACGCAGAGUCAGAGUGUGUGCUCCAAGAAGCCCUUGAAAGGCUGAUGAGGGGGCGGACCACGGUGCUUGUAGCCCACAGGCUUUCAACCAUUAGAGGGGUGGACAACAUUGGUGUGGUGCAGGAUGGCCGCAUUGUAGAACAAGGCAGCCACACUGAGCUGGUCAGCCGAGUUGAUGGAGCUUAUUCUCGGCUCUUGCAGUUGCAGCACCAUCACAUCUGAAUACUUUUGAACUGUACUGGGUGGCAUGAUAUCUGGGUCCCCCAUGAACGUGAUUGAUAUCCCAUUCCCCCACUACCUCUUGGGUUCAACUUUUUUUAUUGUCCCAUUGAACGAUGAUGAUGAUGA